UGCAGGAAUAUUCCAUUCCUGUACCCUUACGGCACAACGCUCACGGUUAGCAAACCGGCAGUGGCCAUUUUGUCGACCGGAACCGCGUGUUACCCGAUAUGCAGGCCAAUCUGCGCACUGCGUCACGUCUCGGAUAGCGGUGGCAAACUUGUAGUCGUCGGUUCGACCAUGUUGAUGCACGAUCAGUAUUUCGAUAAGGAAGAAAAUGCAGCCAUCGUGAUAACCGACUAUAGCUGCAUACCCAACACCCUUUCGCUGGCGAGCCGAAUAAAAGGAAGUGUUCAGGAGGGAGAAAACGACUUCACCGCUCAUGACUUAGCGAAACUGCCUGAUCGGUGCCUUUAUAAUAUGACAUUGUCGCACUUUGCGGCAUUAAGGGCAUACGAAGAGCUGAAAGUGAAACAUGAACCGCUGGGCUUGAUCCCUCCAAAAUUUUUUACGCCUCUACCACCGCUACACAUUUCUAUAUAUCCUGCUAUAUUUCGUUGUCCACCACCACCAGAAUUGGAGCUUUUCGACCUGGACGAAGUGCUUUCUUUCGAAGAUGUGCGAAUGGCACAAAUAACAAAUCAAUGUCCGCAGUUAUGCGUUAUUUCUUGCCGUAUAUCUUUCGCUUUAGACGGAGAAGAUGACAUCGACGCUUAUGUCUCCGCAUGUGCCGACAUUCUCGGCAUCCACGACCGGCUGCCGAAGGAUCAACAGUCAGCUAAGCACGUGCUACAGUUUCUUCUAGACCAGCUUGUAGAAUUCAAGAAGCUUAACCAUGUCGAUGACUUCACCGUUUCCUAACC